CAGAGCCUGAUUUUCCAGGAGCGCAGGAUGAGACAGCAUGGCAGCUGCAGCACACAUUUCCUUCUCCGCACAUUGUUCCUUAUUGUGAUGCUGUCAGAACAAUAAAGUCACAGCUUCAACAGACCUCUCAGGAUCUCUAGCACAGAGGCGUUUCCUUCUCCUUGCUCUGCUGUUAGAAACUGAAGCAGCUGGAUUGUUGAAGACUGCUGACAGAAAUGCUCCCAUUUCAUUUAUAGCUAUGGAUACAGCUUUUAAGGAUUUCAUGCUUCCCACAAGCAAUACAGUGGUGUAAUGGAUUUACAAGCAGGUCCUAGGCUGCACUGUAUAACAAGCUAAUAAAGUCACACAAAAUACCAAUCAAAAAAAAAGAAAAUGAGGGACCGUCUGCUGGAAUUACAACAACGUGUGAAGGAAGCUGAACUCUCCAAAGAGGAGAAUGGCCAUGUGGGGCCUUCAAGUCAGGGGGAAGAGGUGGCCAUCAAGCAACAAGCCGUGAUUUUCGAAAAGGAGCCCAUUGUGGAGUCCAUCCUGAAUGACGUGCAGCGGAUCCAGGAUGAAAUCAACGAACUGGAAGAAGACAUCACGAAGUUCAGCCAGCAGCAGAAAACCCUGGUGUCCACCAUGCGCCGCUUCAGUGUUAUCAAAAAGGAGAACAACAUUACACGGGACAUCAAGAUCCGAGCCGAGCACAUUCACAAGAGACUGGAGGCCAUGUCUAAAGAGGUCAAGCAGACUGAGGCGGACAACGGGCUGACCUCUACAGUCACAAGGAUCCAGCGCACCCAGCACACGAUGCUCUUCAAGCAGUUCCAGAAGGCCAUGUCCCAGUACAAUGGCACUCUGGUGGGCAAGCAGGAGAAGUGCAAGCAGUUCAUCAUCCGGCAGUUGGAGGUGGCGGGGAAGGAGGUGCGGGAGGAGGAGGUGGAUGAGAUGAUGGUGCAAGGCAAGUGGGAAGUGUUCAAUGAGAACAUCAUUAACGAAGUGAAGAUCACCAAGUCACAGCUCUCCGAGAUCGAGCAGCGCCACAAGGAGCUGAUGACCCUAGAGAGCCAGAUGAGGGACCUGCGGGAGCUGUUUCUUGAGAUCUACAUGCAGGUUGAGCUGCAAGGAGACCAGGUGAACAACAUCGAAGCCAAUGUGAUCCAUACUCAGGAUUAUAUUCAGCAGUCGAAUGAGAAAUUCAAGCUGGCGGUGAGGUACAAGAAGAAGCACCCUUGUAAGGUGAUGUGCUGCUGUUGUUUCCCUUGCUGUAAAUGACAACACCUCAAUACAGCUGCAUGUACAGUACUGUACAAAACAGAGGUGGUCUACGGUUACUAUUCAUCAAGAUGGAGUCUCUUAAGAAGCAGUUGGUUAUGGGAGGAUGACAGUUCCGUACAUAUUAUUCCAUCCUGUAUUUGUAGUGUCCGGGUGACAAAUUGCAUUUUUGAGGGACAUGUGGACAGCCAUUACUUGAAAAUAGGAGAACAAACUGUCACAAACUUUAGUAGUUCUACAUGUAACAGAAUUGAACAAAAGCACUAUAGUAUAAGCAAGCUUUGAGAUAUUUGAGGGACCUUUUUCUGUCUGCUAUGUAUUUGCCCAAUUGAUAUAUUUGUAUUUUAUUAGCUAACUGUUUUAAUAUAUAAUAUAAUAUCUAUCAGAAGGGACCAUUCCUGAACUGUAGCAGUUAUGACAAAUGGUAUUGGAUGGGUCAGGCAAUCUGGCUCGGGUCACAUGUUAGAGGCUGGUAAUCUCAAUUUAGUCCUCAGUGGACACUACUUUAGAAAAUCACCACGUCAUUUAGAAAAACAGGAAGCUGCCUGAGAAAGGACCAGGAUUUUUUUUUUUUUUUAUUAGCGUUAAUAUAUAAGAAGAUAUUGUAUAUAUUAUUUCAAAUGUGAUACUAAACUCCAUGCAAACAUUAAUGAACAGAGAACAGAACAGAAACACACUAACUGCUGUAUUAUCACAUUUUAUAAUCUCCCUCUUUUAUAUGCAAUAUAUUGUGCACAUCUGCAAAAAUGUAAUAAACACAACAUGGCACUGAUCAAACUACAGUCGUUUAUAAUAUAUAUUAAAAAAAACACCUAAAAUCUUAUAAA